GUUUUUUAAAAAGUUGUUUAUUCAUUAAGAAAGAACAAGAAGUUAUUUGACUUUAAAAAAGUAAACUCGACAUGUCUUUGGACGUUGUUUUCAAUCAAAUGUCUGAUGUUACUGAGUGCAAAUCUCUCCUUGCCGGAUCAGUUCUUGCUAUAAAAAAAAACUUGUUGACUUACAAGUACACUUUUUCAGUAAAAUAAAAGCUUCGGUAGUGGCAUCAUUACGUCAAAUAAAGGUUAUGGAAAAACCUGUUAUUACUGAAACCGAAGAUGAUCAGAAAAUCGCUGAAUCUAUUAAUGAUAAUUCCAUAUUAAAACCUGGUGUACUUUUAGCCGAUAAUGUUUCUACCUAUAGUGUCACACCCAAUAUGAUUAGUGAAGCUCGUCAAGUCAUUCAAAAUGAUAAAACGAUUCCCAUUUUUUGGAGAGGUAAAAUUAAAAGAAACAUGUUUCAAAUUCAAACAUUUUAUUACGUCAAACCAGAUAAGUAUGAAAGGGAAAUAUGUAAAAAUUGGAAUUUAUUUUUUAAGAGGAAUAAGAAUAACUUUUUUAAAGACCGACUGUGGAUUCAACAUGAAUUCACAGAUUUGACAGUGCCAAAAACCUGCAGUCCAAAUAGUCAACAGAAGCUUUGCACAUCUACACAGUGUCAACACUGCUCAUCGACAUGUUUUAUUCUUGAUGUUGGGUGUGGAGUUGGCAACGCUAUAAUUCCAAUAUUAGAAAAAAACCCACAAGCCCAUGCCUCAUGUUUCGAUUGUUCUCCCUAUGCAAUUGAAUUAUUGAAAAAAAGAUGGUCUUCUAUUGUGUCUAAUUAUACCGCUACGUGCGACUCAGACAAAAGCAGUUCACAAAACAAUCUUUUACAAAAUUCAACCUCCCCUUCACUAGGGACCCUUUUUUGUGCUGAAGCAUUUGACAUUCUGAGUGGACCAAUACCUCAGCAUUUUUACUUACCAGUGGGCACAGACUAUGUUUUGUUACUGUUUGUUCUUUCGGCACUCCCACCGACUUCUUUUCAUACCGUCCUUAAUACAAUUAAAAAUGUCGUACGCCCCGGAGGUAUAAUAUUUUUUCGUGAUUAUGCUUUAUUUGAUAUGACACAAAUACGAUUUGCAAAGUCUAAACAAGCUCAAUUAAGAUCUAAUUUUUAUGUUCGCCAGGAUAGCACCUUAGCUUACUACUUUACACGAGAAGUUUUCAACUUAUUUUGUAACGAUGGAAAUUUUGAAUGUCUAGAAAACACAUAUAUAUUAAAACAAAUGAAAAAUCGAAAAACGGAGCAAGUUUUAAAACGUAUUUGGAUACAAGCCAAAUUUAAAAAAAAAAAUUAACACAUAUUUAUGAUUUUCCUCUUGUAUGUAGCAUUCAACCGUUUAGUUUAGUUA